GGCGCAUACAUAUUCUCAUCGUCUUCUCGGUAAUGGCUUUCACAGCUAUGCUCAUUCUCUGUGCCUCUGUUCUCCUUGUCGCUACUAGGGUCUCAUGCUAUGAUGAUCACGAGAAAGUUGAGAAGAAGGAUCAAAGUGAACGCCAAAGUUUACUCGAUACGUGGCUAUAUCCGCGCAAUGUUCCUAAAGCACCUGAAUCAUCACCUCUACUGCUAAAUCAGCCCAUUGCUACUCUACCACGGUCGCCCUCGCCGAUCACCUGUGCACAAGCAAAACCACCUGCCAGUCACCAGUCCCAAAGUUUAUUAAGUAUGUGGCUAUAUUCGGGCAUUCCUGAAGCACCCUCGCCAGUCAUCUGUGCACAAGCAACACCACCCACAACAUCAUCCACUCCCAUUGUGAAUACUCACAGAGAUUGCAUGCCGUUGUGUGCAGCGAGGUGCAAAGUAGAACCACACAGGAAGAUAUGCAGGAGAUUGUGUAUGAAGUGCUGUAGCCGGUGCAAAUGUGUUCCGCCGGGAGAAUAUGGCACCAACAUGGAUAAGUGUGGCAAGUGCUACACUGAUAUGGAGUAUCACGGCCAUAAGUGCCCAUGAUUGAUAUCAAUUAACUAAACAUUUCAUUUUACUACAGAUUAGUUAAGUAUAUGUCGUCGAUCGAUCAUUAAUAAAAGUAUACAUAUUAUAAAACU